AUGUCCACUUUCCCGAUUGCUGAGGCGCAACUCGUGGCCCUCUUCAUGCAAAGUGUCACCUAUGGCAUCCAUGCAGUGGCGUUCUCUGUAUGCAUCUGGAAGCUCAUUGACAAGCUCAGGAGUGGUAAAGGCCAUGUAAAUUGGCCUUGGAUAUUUGUGGCCGUGGCACUCUUCACGAUCGGAACAGUCGACGUCUCGUUCAACCUCUACCAUAACCUGUCUGCCUUCAUUUUCUACAAAGGGCCUGGCGGUGCUGAAGAAGAAUUUAUGGCAUUUUCAUCCUGGAUCAAUGUCAUGAGGAGUGUUUGGUAUAACUUGGGCAUCGUCAUCUCUGAUGCCGCCUUGAUGUAUCGGUGCUGGAUCAUCUGUAAUCGCCGGUGGUUCAUCAUGAUACCAUCUAUCAUUUUGUGGUGCACUACCUUUGCAUCCAUCGUGGUGUAUAUGUAUUACAUGGGCGUAACCGAGGUAGAUUCCACCAUAGGCAUAAUUGUACAUCAUAUCUGGCAAGUCAGCAGGCACACUUCAGAGUUUUUCACUACGGGGAACAGGCUCGCACGCGCAAAUAGGAUAUUCGUCGAAUCCGCGCUCCUAUAUACAGUGUCCGUCUUGAUUACUUUCAUAGCGACGCUUGCAGGGAGCAAUUCACUCUACGGCUUAUCCGAUGUUACUUUGGAACUUUCCGGUAUCGUUUUCGACCUCAUCAUCAUCCGCAUUAGCGGAGGAACGGCUACAGAACAGACAUAUGCAUUUACGCAGUCCUCAGAACGACCUGCCGCACUGCGUAUUAUCGCAAAUGGUGCUGCCGCGGACGACUUGACUCAAUACUCGCGCUCUGCAGCAAGAUGGAAGAAUAGGGGUACGCCUGCGGGUCUCAUGGAAGAAGUGGAGCUGGAAAAGAUGCCACAUAGUCUAUCGCGAGCAGGGAGUGAUGUAUAA